AUGAUCGCUUCAAUCUCUCUUCUGCUCACUUCGGCGGCACUUUCCUUUGCUUCUCCUCUGGAAAAACGAGUUGUUACUUCAUUAAACCAAGCUGCUUUCGAGGAGGCUCAACAGAGAGAUGAUACAGCUACACGAGCCUUCUCAGGCACCGAGAUCAAAACUUCAGACGGCAAGUGUUUAUUUGUCGAUAAGCUGUCAGGGGAUUUUCGUGCAAACUUGAAUCCCAUUCAGGUUGCGAAUUGCGACGGGAGCACUGGGCAGAAAUGGGAUAUCAUUACAGCUGGAAAGCAUAACGACCAAGCUGGCACUAUGCUAAUUGUCAACACACUUACUCAAGCAUGUGCGAACUUCGAUCCUCGAAGGGCAGCCGGCAACACUGUCAUCAUGUUCUCAUGUGGCGGAAGAGCUGAUGGAGGUGGUCAAGUCACCAACUCGCAACUCUUCGGUUUCGCUGGCGGUGCAGGUCCCUUAUCGUUUGAGCCUAAGAAUGCUGCAGGUACUUGUCUUGCUGUCACAGCAAAUAAUGUUCUUGAUCAGGCACCUUGCAAGGCGGGAGAUGCAAGUCAGUCUUUCACUUUCGGCGGCGCAUCAACAGGAGGCCGAGGAGGUGCAGCUUCUAAACCUGGAGUUGUUUCCGCAACAGCUGAAACCAUUCAAUCCUCAACUCCAGAAGCAGCUUCACCGGCAGCUACACCCCCUGCAGAAGUUGCUGCCCCAGCUGCCGGCUCGGGAUGCACUCUCACCACAGUCAUCACCAUGAUCCGUCCAGAAUCAAGCGUAGCUCCAGCGAUAGACAGUGCUGUCUCAAAAGCCGUAUCCGAGACAGCCACCGCACCAGAAGCUACAUCACCACCAGCAGUGGGAAACAUCCCCUCCGUCAACCCAACCACACCCGUCCCCGUCUCUCGCGCAGGAGGAACACUCAAUCCCACCUCAGCAGCACAAGCCCACCAACGCGACGACACCGCAACCCGAGCAUUCACCUCCGUCUCCCUCAAAUCCGCCAACGGCCAAUGCCUCUUCAUCGACCCCACCGCCGGCGACUUCCGCCAGAACCUCAUCCCCAUCGCUGUACAACCAUGCACCGGAAGCGCCAACGAGAAAUUCGACCUCAUCACCAAAGGCAAGCACAACAAUGCCGUGGGCGCAACUUUAGUGGUCAGUUCGUUGAUGCAAGGAUGUUUGAGCUUUGAUGCUAGACGAGCGGCGGGAGAUACGGCGCAUAUUUUUUCGUGUGGUGGGAGAGCUGAUGGGGAGGGGGAGACGACGAAUUCUCAGUUGUUUGAUUUUACGGGUGGGAAUACGAUUACGCUGGCGCCGCAGAAUGGGGAUGGGCAGGUGUGCUUGGUUCCAAAGGGGGCGAAGUUGGAUCAGGCUGCUUGUUCGGGGGCGGCGGAUGUUUAUACCAUCGUUCAGUAG